CGCAGGACAUCCACCAAAACGCCACACUUCGGCUGUGGCUCGUUCCGCGCGCGAGCCAAGGAAGAGACAGACUCUCGUCCCCAUGCAACGACAUGCCGCGUCGCUUCCCCUUCUUCUUCCCCUUCAUCUUCGUCUCCUUUCUUCUUCUUCUGUACCCCCCUUGUUCGUUUGGACCAUCGCAACCUAAUCCCGUUUCUGGUUGCCGCGUGCCGUGAUCCUCGAUCUUUCGAGUUUCAGGCCGAGCAUCACAAUGUUUUGCACUACGCUCCUUCUUUCCUUCUUCCCCCCCCGGCUCGCUCGCUCCCUCUCUAUUCUCCCCCAUCAUGAACGACGGGACCGUCGGAGGCCUACUGUCUUCGGCCAGAAACAUGUACUACGCAUCUGUGUCGUGUGAGAGCCGUUUCCUUCGAGCUCGCGGGACGCAUCUCCGUGGGCCCCAUCUCUCCCCGGUUCCAAGGUCUGAACGUCGCGGCACGAUUCAAAGCCUCUUGCUCCAUGUGAAGCCAAAGCGCACCCCCCGUUCAUGCGGGAACGGCAAACGUAUUCCGGACAGACCGUGUGAACUACAGAAGUCUGAAGGCGUCUCGAUAGUCUAUAUAACUGCGAGUCAUUCGCUCGCUACCACUACGACUGGCUCAUCCCCAAGCCUCUCUUGUCUUCAAUUUAUAGCUUCCUUCCCUCGCUUGCAAUACUCUCCUUCUCUUGUGCUUCUCUUAUCCAGGUCUGUGACCAUUUGUGCACAAAGCCCCGGAGGCUGCCUUCGUCUUCUUGCAGAAACAAGCUUGUUCCAAAGCUAGUCUAUUAUUCACUUGUUGCAAUACUUGCAGCUAUUUUUUAAUCACUCACCAUGCGUUACGCUUUCGUCUACUCGGCCCUCGUCGCCUGCGCCUCGGCGCACGGAGUGGUCACCUCCAUCACAGGCGCCAACGGUGUCGUGAUGCCCGGAUUGAGCAUUGCCGACGGCACCCCUCGCGACUGCUCGAGCAACGGUUGUGGCUCCCAGGCCGACACCUCCAUCAUCCGCGACCGUGAGAUCGCCAACGGACGGGCCAGCCCCCUUGGCCGCACCCAGGGCAACGGCCCUGUUGACGCCGCAAAGAUGGUCAACGCUUUCAUGAGUGGCACGAGCGCCCCGACCAACAAGGGCAAAGAGUCCUCGGUCGGCCAAGAAGAUGACCUCUCCGGCCUCGCCGGCCUCACCGGCCUCAAGGGCAUCGGACAGCGGAGCAACGAAGAGAGCAAGCGCCAGCUCGGCGGGCUCUUGGGCGGCCUCCUCGGUGGCAAUGGCGGCGGCCGCGGUGGUGGCAACGCUGGCACCAAGUCCAACAAGGCUGCCGAAACCAUGGUCGCCGCGACGGCCGGCAAUGGUCAAACGCAGGGAAUGCCCACCUGCAGUGACAAUGGCGAGGUCACAAUCACCUACCGUCAGAUCAACCAGGACGGUGCCGGGCCUCUGUCGGCCAAGAUCGAUCCCUCCUCCGGCGGCACCGACGCCAGCGCCUUCCAGACUGCCCAGGUCACGCAGAAUGUCCCCGGUAUCGUUGCCGGCCUGUCCACGGCCACCAACACCGACUUCACCGUCAAGGUACAGAUGCCGCAGGGCAUGACCUGUACUGGCACGGUGGGCAAUGCCACCAAUGUCUGCGUCGGUAUGGUCAGGAAUAGCACCCCGGCCGGUCCCUUUGGCGGCUCCUUUGCUUUCACUCAGCCCGAGAAGGCUCGCGCCCGCGCCCUUGCCUACCGCCUUAAGAAGCGUUUUGAGAUUACCCGCCGAGAAGAACUCGCCGACUUCGAGGUUACCGAGGUCGACGAGGACGAAGACGAGGAGUAAACAUGAUUUCUUGCAAAUAGAGUGCUGGCCGUCGAGAAUUCGAAGGCAAGGGAGGCGGGAAAAGCAUCAGUCGCUGGACUGGAUGCUGCAUCGACACGGGAAACGCCCGUCAAUAGGGAGGAAACAUUGUGUGAACUUACCUGCUGAGCUCAUUGUACAUCGUCUUGUUUAUCUAAUUUUGACACCUGGCUUUAUAUAAGUAUGUUUUGG